AUGCUGUCGAGACGUUUUUUGAGUUUAUCAAAAGCUUGUCGAAGUUUGGCGCGAGUUGAUAAGGUGAAUGAGAGUUUGGAUGCGAAACGUGGACGAUUGUUGUACCAGAGUAAGAAGCGUGGGAUUUUGGAGAAUGAUAUUUUGCUGGGCGAUUUUGCGCAAGAGAAUCUAUCGAAAAUGACACCAGAGCAACUCGUAAAUUAUGAUAAGGUAUGAUUUUCCCCGGAUUUCUACCCAAACACUUUAUUCCCCAAAAUUUCCAGCUAAUCAAUGGCGAACACAUGGAGUGGGAUCUCUUCUAUUAUUUAUCGGACAAAAAAGUUGCUCCUGAAGAAGUCGCCUCGUGCCCCGUCUACCAAUUACUCAAGAAAUUUGUGGAUUCGAAGAGGGUUCCACGAAACAUCUAA